ACUAGCAGCUUCCUGGGAGCUGCAAUUACAUAAGCAUAUAUUUUUAAUAUAAUAAUAAUUAAAAACCAAGUAGCCGCGGUAUGCCUGGAUCAGCUACAGCUAUCCGACAAGAGAGACUGAAGAAGACCAGUGCAAGGCCAAUUCCCCUUGGUUUAUUCACCAUUAAUGAGGAAGAUGAACAGCAAAAGAACGGGAAUUCCAGAAGACCUAAAGCACCUGACAGCUACAAAGUGCAUGAUAAGAAAACUGCCUCCAACCGGCCCUCUGCUAUUUCAGGACAAAAUAGCAACUACUCAGGAAAUAAACCAGACCCUCCUCCCGUGCUGCGGGUUGAUGACCGGCAGCGGCUGGCCCGGGAGCGGCGCGAGGAGCGGGAGAAGCAGCUAGCUGCGAGAGAAAUCAUCUGGUUAGAAAGGGAAGAGCGAGCCCGGCAGCACUAUGAAAAGCACCUGGAAGAGCGGAAGAAGAAGCUGGAAGAGCAGAGGCUGAAGGAGGAGCGGAGGAGGGCUGCUGUGGAGGAAAAGCGGAGGCAGAGACUGGAGGAAGACAAAGAACGCCAUGAAGCUGUUGUACGGCGUACAAUGGAAAGGAGCCAGAAGCCAAGACAGAAGCAUAACCGCUGGUCAUGGGGAGGCUCUCUCCAUGGGAGCCCCAGCAUCCACAGUGCAGAUCCAGACAGGCGGUCAGUUUCCACCAUGAAUCUUUCGAAACAUGUCGAUCCCGUCAUUAGCAAGCGGCUCUCCUCUUCAUCUGCAACUUUACUAAAUUCUCCAGAUAGAGCUCGCCGCCUGCAGCUCAGCCCAUGGGAGAGCAGCGUUGUUAACAGACUGCUGACGCCCACACAUGCGUUCCUGGCCAGAAGCAAAAGCGCGGCUGCCUUGUCUGGAGACCCAGUUAUCCCCAUUUGUCCUCGUUCAGCAUCUUGCAGCCCCAUCAACAUCAUGCCCUACAAAGCUGCACACUCUAGAAAUCUGACGGAUCGACCCAAAUUCUUGGUAACACCGCCAGAGGGCUCUGCGCGAAGGAGGACUGUUCAUGGCACAGUGGGCUAUAAAAGAGACAGAGAGAGAGAAAACCUCCCGUUCCAACCCACGUGUGGCAUUCGGAGGGCUCUGUCUCCAUCUCAUCCCAAAGUAAGAUCACCAGGGCCCUCCCGACUUUGGCUUCCAUCCAAGUCCUUUCCUCAUCUGCCUGGCACACCCAGACCAGCCUCCUCCUUGCCUCCCGGAUCAGUCAAAGCUACCCCUGCCCAGGUCCGGCCCCCAUCCCCUGGCAACAUCCGCCCUGUCAAGAGAGAAGUCAGAGUGGAAUCUGAGAGAAAAGAACCCGAGAAGGAACCCCAGAAAGUUGCCAGUGAGCCAUCACUUAAGGGCAGAGCACCUUUAGUGAAGGUGGAAGAAGCCACAGUUGAAGAGGGGACACCUGUCGAACCAGAGGCUGCUCCUGCUGCUUCAGCCCCAGCCGUGGCCCCCUCGGCCCCCGCUCCAGCGCCGGUCCCAGCCCCAGCCUCAGCCCCAGCCUCGCCAUCCACUGUGACUGCUUGCGCUUCUCCCAAGACCUCUGCGGGCACCACCGACCCAGAAGAGGCCACGAGGCUGCUAGCUGAGAAGAGGCGGCUGGCCCGGGAGCAGAGAGAGAAGGAGGAAAGGGAGAAGAGGGAGAGGGAAGAGCUGGAAAGACAAAAGAAAGAGGAGCUGGCGCAGAAGGUGGCGGAGGAGCGGGCGCGGCGCGAGGAGGAGGCCCGCCGGCUGGAGGCCGAGCAGGCCCGGCAGCGGGAAGAGCAGCUGCGCCGGCAAGCGGAGGAGGAGCGGGAGCGGCGCGAGCGCGAGGGCGAGGAGCGCGCGCAGAAGCAGAAGGAAGAAGAAGCUCGCGUUCGGGAGGAAGCAGAGAGGGUUCGGCAGGAGCGGGAGAAGCACUUCCAGAGAGAAGAGCAGGAGCGCCUGGAAAGAAAGAAGCGACUUGAGGAGAUUAUGAAAAGAACAAGACGAACAGAACCUACAGAUAAGAAAACUGUUGAUCAGAGAAACGGAGAUAUAACCAAGGGAGCUCUCACUGGAGAAACAGUGGUAUCUGCCCUUCCGUGUCUGACAGACUCUUCAGGAAAUGGAGAACCAGUGGCCAGCCCACAUGCCGUUACCUCACACCAAUCAAAAGUGACUGUGGAGAGUACUCCCAAUUUGGAAAAACAACCAAGUGAAAAUGGAGUAUCUGUUCAGAAUGAAAAUUUUGAGGAAAUUAUAAACUUACCCAUUGGAUCUAAAUCAUCCAGAUUAGAUGUCGCCAACAGUGAGAGCCCAGAAAUUCCUUUGAAUCCAAUUUUGGCCUUUGAUGAUGAAGGGACACUUGGGCCCCUGCCUCAGGUAGAUGGUGUUCAAACACAACAGACAGCAGAAGUUAUAUGAGCAUUUCUUCUGAAGAACCAAAGCAGAAAUUUAAUAAGAAUUUCUACAAUUAAUGGAAUUCCUUCCAUGCUAUAAAGGAGCAUCCCCAUCUUCCAGUUUUCUAAAGAUUUCUUGACCAUCCUUUUGAAAAGACUUUAUUAAAGCCAGCUAAAGACAACAGACUGGAUAGCUUUUCUAAUAAUUUUCGCCAAUAGAGAAAAAGAAAUUUUCCUUAUCCUUCAAUACUUUACAAAGGCUUUUUCCAGUGUGCUCCUUCUUAGCAAAUCAAUAUUUUUCUGCAUUCUCUAAAAGACAAGAACAUUUGGCUAUUUUAAAAAAUGGGCUGACUAGGCAUGAUUUUUCACAUAAAUAUUUUGGUCUUUAAAAGCUAAUGUAAUAUUGGCACAAAAAAAUUUACCUUUUACAGUAUAAUACUUGAAAAAUAAGUACCUCUUUGCUCUACAAGUAGAGUGAAUAGGAGAGGUGUUUAAAUUAAGCCUGUUUGUUAAAUAUUACUGCAAAGAGUUCUAUUUGUAGAAGCAACUAUAGGCAGAUUACCAGGUUCUUGUAAAUGCAGUUUGUACAUGGACUUUCUGCAGACCUAGCUGUCAUAUUCUUGCAUCUCCUUUUGCAAAAGUGUACUAAACAGUUUUAAAAUGUGAAAAAAAAUUAUUUUUUCAGAGUAAGAAAAUAUACUGUCCUCUUAAAUAAUGUAUUUAUAAAGUUUUUUCCAGGUGAACUAAUCAAAUAAAUUAGAACAACGUGACACCAUUGCAAACUUUGAUUUAUCAGAUGCAUUCCUUAUGUUACCAGGAGGGAGAAUGUUAGCGAUGAUUCAGGGCUAUUUCUAAUGUCUGUAUAUUGCUGCUGUUCCCAGUGAUGAUGGGACUUACCUUUGCCUUACCUGAUCACAAAUUAUGGGGGGGGGGGGGGGGGGAGAUAGAGAUUUAAUAUUUCUUUAAAUAAAAAAAGAAUUUGGUUUUGCUCGUUUAAGAGCAAUGAAAACAUGGUGGAAUGUUGACUGUGUCUGGCCCACACAGAGCACUGUACAGGAUACCUUCACAAAUGUCCUCAUUCUCUGUGGGACCCGUCAGCUUUGACUUGUCACUCUUCCUCACUUCUGCUGCUGAGCUUAGCUGUACAAAUCUGUAUUUUCAUUUUCUAAUGUAAAUUCAAUUUUAUUUUGCCAUUUUUAGAAACCAACAACAAAAUAUUGAAGGAGAGGGGACUCUGAGGGAACAUUUUUUUUUUUAAUGACGUGUUUAAAAAGGUAAACUUCCGGCACUAUAAUAUGUUGGCUUUCUUAAGAGAGGGAUUGGUUAUAUGGAAUGAGAAACUAUUCAUUUAUUGGAUGAUAUUCUUAAAAUCCAAGCUAUAGUAACAGCUGUAAUUUGUGAAAACAUUAAUUUGGGGGGUUUCACUAUUCUCAGUUGUCCAUGUACACAUAGUCAUAUUAAAAAAAAAAAAAAUCUGUUCAACAAAGUUGUUUUAUUUGUUUAAGUUGACCUAGCAUGAAACACCAAAUAAAAUGUGUUUGACAUA